CUCGGCUCUUGCUCGGGUCCGUUCGGCUCCUGCUCGGGUCCAUUCGACUCCUGCUCGAGUCCAUUCGGCUCCUGCUCGGGUUGGUCUCGGAUCCUGCUCGGGUAGGGCUCGGAUCCUGCUCGGGUCCAUUCGGCUCCUGCUCGGGUUGGGCUCGGAUCCUGCUCGGGUCCAUUGAGUUUUUGCUCGGCUCCGCUCGGCUGUUUCCGUCUCCAUCAGUAUUCUCCCCGCGUCCCGCUGUAUCGCCGCUCGCGGACGGAGCCGCAGAGGAGGUGCGCGAGCUGCCCGCAUCACCGCGCGCCCUCUCUCCUCGCUUCAGCGCGAGCUAUCCAACCGUCGCUGUCCUCGCGAGAGAGGCGAGACGCGCAUUACCGGACGUUUUCUCUCGUUUUUUUUGUGUAAUUACUGAGUUAUUUAUUAUUAUUCGUGUUUUUCGGUGUAAAAUGAGCGGAGGCGGGGAGACGCUCGCGGCUCUGUGAACGGACGGACGGACGGACGGACGGAUGGUGGAUAUGGAAAAACCGAAGAUGAUGAGUCUCUCCGGUUUCCUCCUGCCUGCUUUAUGGGGACUGGCGCUCGGCGGAUCACCCAGCGUACAAAUAGGUGGCCUGUUCCCUCGAGGAGCGGACCAGGAGUACAGCGCCUUUCGGGUCGGGAUGGUUCAGUUCGGCACGGCCGAGUUCCGGCUCACGCCUCACAUUGAUAACCUGGAGGUGGCCAACAGCUUCGCCAUCACCAACUGCUUCUGUUCACAGUUCUCACGAGGCGUGUACGCCAUCUUCGGCUUCUACGAUAAGAAAUCGGUGAACACCAUCACGUCUUUCUGUGAGACGCUGCACGUUUCCUUCAUCACGCCCAGUUUCCCGGCGGAUGGCCUCAAUCAGUUUGUGCUGCAGAUGAGGCCAGACAUCAAAGGCCCUCUCAUCAGCCUGGUGGAGUACUACAAGUGGGAGAAGUUCGCCUACCUGUACGACAGCGACCGAGGCUUAUCCACUCUGCAGGCAGUCUUGGACACGGCGGCCGAGAGGAAGUGGCAGGUGACAGCAAUAAACGUGGGCAACCUGAAGGAUGAGAGGAAAGACGAGGCCUACCGCUCACUGUUCCAGGAUCUGGAGAACAAGAAGGAGAGGAGAGUCAUCCUGGACUGCGAGCAGGACAAAGUUAAAGAUAUCAUGGAGCAGGUCAUCACGAUUGGUCGGCAUGUGAAGGGGUAUCAUUACAUCAUCGCUAAUUUUGGCUUUUUGGAUGGAGAUCUGUCAAAGAUCCAGUAUGGAGGAGCGAACGUGUCGGGGUUUCAGAUCGUGGAUUUCGAUGACCCUCUCGUUGCGAAGUUUGACCAGCGGUGGGAGGCUCUGGAGGAGAAGGAGUACCCUGGGGCGGACAGCAAGAUACGAUACACCUCGGCUCUGACGUACGAUGCUGUGAAGGUGAUGACCGAAGCCUUCCGCUUUCUGCAUAAACAAAGGAUCGACAUCAGCCGGCGUGGCAACAACGGAGACUGCUUGGCCAACCCGGCCGUGCCUUGGGCUCAGGGGGUGGAGAUAGAGCGUGCACUGAAACAGGUGAGAGUGGACGGCCUGACAGGGAACAUUCAGUUUGACCAGUACGGCCGGAGAGUGAAUUACUCAGUCAACAUCAUGGAGCUGAAGAACAGCGGGCCGGUGAAGAUUGGCUACUGGAACGAGGUGGAUAAAAUGGUCGUGACCAAAUCGGACCUUUUCCCCAACGACACCAUGGGUAUGGAGAACAAGACCGUUAUUGUAACAACCAUCCUGGAAGCACCGUACGUGAUGCUGAAGAAGAACUCGGAGUUAUUCACAGAUAACGAACGUUAUGAGGGAUACUGUGUGGAUCUGGCUGCUGAAAUCGCAAAGCACUGUGGGUUUAAGUACCAGCUAAAGAUCGUGGGAGAUGGCAAGUAUGGCGCAAGAGACGCCGAGACCAAGAUUUGGAACGGCAUGGUCGGCGAGCUGGUGUAUGGGAAAGCAGACAUAGCCGUCGCCCCUCUGACCAUAACCCUGGUCCGCGAAGAGGUGAUCGACUUCUCCAAGCCCUUCAUGAGCCUGGGCAUCUCCAUCAUGAUCAAGAAGCCGCAGAAGUCCAAGCCCGGCGUCUUCUCCUUCCUGGACCCGCUGGCCUACGAGAUCUGGAUGUGCAUCGUCUUCGCCUACAUCGGCGUUAGCGUGGUGCUCUUCCUUGUGAGCCGCUUUAGCCCGUACGAGUGGCACACGGAGGAGUUUGAGGACGGCCAGCUGGGGGCCAGCGAGUCCACUAACGAAUUCGGCAUCUUUAAUAGUCUGUGGUUUUCUCUGGGCGCUUUUAUGCAGCAGGGAUGCGAUAUUUCGCCAAGGUCUUUGUCUGGACGUAUAGUUGGUGGUGUGUGGUGGUUCUUCACCCUCAUCAUCAUUUCUUCCUACACGGCUAACCUGGCUGCCUUCCUCACGGUGGAGAGGAUGGUGUCACCUAUCGAGAGCGCGGAGGAUCUGGCCAAGCAGACCGAGAUCGCCUACGGAACCCUCGACGCAGGCUCAACCAAAGAGUUCUUCAGGAGGUCAAAGAUCGCUCUCUUCGACAAAAUGUGGCAAUACAUGAAGAGCGCCGAGCCGUCGGUCUUCGUGAAGAACACGGUGGAGGGCGUGUUGCGCGUGCGCAAGUCCAAAGGCAAAUACGCCUACCUGCUGGAGUCCACCAUGAACGAGUACAUAGAGCAGCGCAAGCCCUGCGACACCAUGAAGGUCGGCGGCAACCUGGACUCCAAGGGCUACGGCAUCGCCACACCCAAAGGAUCUGCUUUAAGAACGCCAGUAAACCUUGCAGUAUUGAAACUCAGUGAGCAAGGCGUCUUAGACAAGAUGAAAAACAAAUGGUGGUACGAUAAAGGGGAAUGUGGAUCCAAGGACUCGGGAAGUAAGGAGAAGACGAGCGCCCUGAGCUUGAGCAACGUGGCGGGGGUCUUCUACAUCCUGGUGGGCGGCCUGGGGCUGGCCAUGCUGGUCGCUCUGGUGGAGUUCUGCUACAAGUCGCGCGCCGAGGCCAAGCGCAUGAAGGUGACGUUCACGGACGCCAUGCGCAGCAAGGCCAGGUUGUCUAUAACUGGCAGUACGGGGGAAAACGGUAGAGUGCUGACUCCAGAUUUCUCUAAAGCCGUCCACGCUGUGCCCUACAUGAGACCAGGCAUGGCAAUGCCUCUCAACAUGAGCGAGCUGUCCUGAGUGCCUUACACACACACUUACACACACCUACACACACAAUUAUACACGUCGUUUUACCUGCAAACAACAAAAAACGCACACUCAGACGCACACAGGAAACACACAGUGGCUGUACUUGGCUGUACAGACCCAUUUAUACCUAUAUACAUACAUAUAUAUAAAUAGAUACAUACACACGCAAAAAUGCAUAGAUAUCCUGUCUAUACAAUACACACAUACAUUUGCAAAGUCCUUGUACAUACACAAAAACAAACACAAACACACACACACAUACAUACCGAAAAAUGUACAGAAACCUUUGGACGUUUACCAUGAACUUUGGGUUUACACAUGCAUAUCGGUUUACAUACACACAUACACACACACAUGCACGCUGUUGUACCACACACACACACACACUUCCACACACACACACAAAGUCACACACACUUCCACACCUCCAUCCUUCAGUUUUUUCUUUUUUUUUCUUUUUUUUUUUUUUUUGCGCACCGAAGAAGAGAAGCCGAGAGGACUCGCAAACCGAGCGCACCGAGGAGCAGCUCAACAUCUGUUUCCAUAGCAACACGUUUUUUGGAAUCUCUCGAUUCCGAAGAACCACAAAGCACACUUGAAUCAUCACUGAAUCAUCAAACGGGAUCCGUUCUCUCUCUUUCUUUCUCAUUCCGUUUCACUCCGAGGAUAAAAAAACGAGAAAAAAUGAUUUAAAUCAUUUUAUAAAACACUUCAAAAGAAGAAAAAAAAGAAGAACAAGAAGAAGGACGACAGCGAAGAAACUAGAAACUGCUUCCACAUUGUGUAAAAAAAAAAAGUACGAAUUCACGGAUUUGCUCUGAAAAAAAAAAAACACGUUUCAAAGCCAAAUGAGUUAAAAAACAUUAAAAAAACAAAACAAAAAAAAGGUUUCAUAUCAAGUGAAUUACAUCAAACCAUUAUUUUUCUUUCUUUUUUUUUUACAUUUGGACCGAAUCAUUUACGCAACCAUUGUACGAAACCACGAGAGAAUCGCAUACUAAAGAAAAAGAAGAAUAAAAUAAAAGAUAGAUAUAAAUAUUUAUAUAUAUAUAUAUAUAUAUAUAUAUAGAUAUUGAUCAUGUAAAUAACUAAUAACUUCACUUUUGAUCGUUCUUUUGAUGUUCUCAAUGUUAAUACGAUGACGAUGAAGACACAAGAUACGAUGCUUGACCAGGAAAAAAAAAGAGACAAAAAGAAACGAAGAAACGAGAAAAAAUAAAAAAAACAAUAUAUAUAUAUAUAUAUACUUUGGAUUUUUUCCUUUUCGUUGACUAAGCGUUUUUUUGUUUCGGAUUCGGUUUAUGAGUUGUUGAAACGUGAAGCGUUAAUUUUGUAAUUUUGUCGUUCCGUUCCGUUCUUGUUCCUUUUGUCUAGCGUAUGGACGAUGCAAGCCGUAGUUUUGUAGUUCUGUCUUCGAAAAAGAAAUGAACAAACGACGAGCAAAACAACGGAAACUACAACAAAAAAAAAGACUUAAAAAUGACUUUAAAAAAAAACCCACUUAUACUGAACUCUGAAUUAUUAGACUUUUACAUUGUUUCCUUUCUUUUUUUCUUUCUUUUUUUCUUUCUUUCAGGGGGUCUUUGGAAGGUUCAGAUUUGAGUAUAUUAAUAUUAAUAUUAAUAUUAUAGACCUAAUUACAGUAACCCCGCCCCCUCCCUCCCCCCUUUCCCCAAGCAGUGUUUUUCAAAUGCCAAAUAGUGACCUGUGCCAAAAUACUCCCAAGUACUGGCAAAGUUUUGCGUGGACUCGCCGAUAACGACGCGGACUCGACGCACGCGUGUGCUUAUGAUCGCGUGUGCGCGAGUGAGACGUAUCUCUUUUCUAAAUCUUCUCUAAGUGUUUUUAUUUCUUUCGAUUUGCGUUCAUUUCUUCUGUGUCAUUAAUUAACAUGUACAUUAAAUGAUGUGCACUACUAUAUGCAGUCUUUAACUGUGAAACGCAUGAGAACCUUUAGUUUGAAUCUUUGUUUUUUGUUUUUUAAGCGAUGAUGAGUAUAUGAUUAUGAUUCUGAUUAUGAUUCUGAUUAUUCUGAUAAUGAUUAAUGCCACUUCUUAAUGACUUUAGAUGAUUAGACGAUUGAUUUGAUAGAAUUCCCAUAGUCCAAUAUGACCUAAAAAAAAAAAGAGAGUAUAUUAAUUACAGAUAUUAUAUUAUUAAUAAGGAUUAAUAAGUCUUAACGAUUGAAAGAUUGAAACUCUAUGCCGAGCACCCUUUUCUAUGCCAUGCUGUGUAACUGCAAUCUUGUCCAUUAGUUUUCUAUGUAUAUGUACUGUAUAUAUAUACGAAGCAGAUCGUCCAUGUAUAACUUAAAUCUUCUAAUUGUACGGACACAUGGUUCACGUGGUUCAAGGACGGUUCGAGAGUGGAAGACGGUGGUCGUGAGAACUUCCACACAGACACACAUAUAUAUAUAUACACACACACUAUAUAUAUAUAUAUGCACACACAAUAGUUUAUACACAAACACACACAAACACACACAAACGGACUUGAACCUUCACUAGAUUUUCGUUCGGAGAGCCGACAGAGCCGAACCGGAGGAGACUUUUGUAAUUGGAAUGUGGAUCAACUGCUUUAUUUUUUGGACUUUUGGAAUAAACAGAGGCUGAGAAACUGC